ACUUCCGGUGGAAGGAUGGCUCCCAGCAUCCUCAGCGAACGGAGCCGAGAAUGCGUGCUUUUAUUUUGCCGAACUCGUAACAUCCCGUGCCUACGUGGCUCACCGUCACGCGCUUCUCUCUUGUCUGCUGGUUACGUCGUAGCCAUAGCAACGGCGCAGGGAACUCUUCCAGUCUGUUGACCUUUCUGAAGUCUUGUAGGAUUUUUUUUUUCUUUUGCGUCUUUCGCCACAGGACUGACAGUAAUAAUGGGAGACAAAAAGGAGUCCAUGGAGGCAAAGCAAGCCGAGGACGAGCAAAUGGAGACCCUUCUUCAUUCCUCUCCGGUUUACCCGCUGCCUGAAGAGAUAAAAAUGAUGGAACGCAGCGAGACGGUGUGCCGUUACUGCGGUGUAAGCUACCUGAUUUUCCACGAGUUUCAUCAGCUCCGCUCUCAGGUGGCUCAGUUAGAGGCCGAGCUGCGGGACCUGAAGGAGACCGCCCAGAGGGAGAAGGCCCAGCAUGAGGCGCUGGAGCUGGACAGGCUGGAGUGGGAGAGGGAGCUUCAGAUGCAAAUGCACAAACAAGCUGAUCUCAGGGCGAAAAAUGCCAGAGAAGAACUGCAAAAAAGGAACCAGGACAUGAUGAAAUAUCUGAGAGAGGAGUCUGAAGCAAAAUGUGAGAGAUUGAAGAAAGAGAUGGAAGAGGGGUAUCAGAACGUCAUCGAAGAGAGGGAGAGAGAGCUCAGAAGGGAGCUGGGAGACUUGGCAGUGGAGCAACUGAGAAAGCAGAAGGAAGAGCUGGGGAAGAGCGCCGAGGAGAGAGAAACUGUUCUGAGGGCUGACCUUCAGAAGGCCAAGCAAAGUUCAGAAGACCUGACGAAAAACCUUGAACAGCUGAAAAAGAGGCUGGCGACGGCAGCUAACAUGAAGGAUGAGGCAGAGGAGAAACUUGGGAAAGAGAAGCAGCAUGCUGAAACACUCCGAGCUACAUGUGUACGGCAGCAGCGGAUCCUCCGGACAACGCUUACCUUGCUCCGCUUCUGUGGCAGCCAGCUCGUAGAAGUACAGAGUUUCCUUCAUCAGCUGACCGGGGCUUGGCAGGCUUUCAGAUCUCAGGUUUUGCAGCAUUGCACACAGGUGUUCUCAGCACAGAGUGAGGAGCUGCGGUAUUCCACUGUGGAGCUUCAGAAAAUGAAAAAGGAGAAAGAACACCUAACUCAGCAGCUGAUGGAGCAGAAGGAACAGAGGGACUAUCAGCUGUCUCAACAAGAGGACACCGAGAAGGAGCACAGACGGACACUGCUCAGAUUAACAGUGGAACUGGAGGAGAAAAAUGAGAAGUGGUUGUUAUGUCAACAAAGGUGUGAUGCCAUGGAGCAGCAGCUGUUGUCAUGGGAGCAGAGAGAUGAACAACUCACCCAGAAGUGGCGUGCAGCUGGAGAGGAAGUGAUGCAAACCAGGAAAGCCCUGCAAACGCUUCAGCGGGAAAGGAGGGAGCUGAUCAAAGAAAGAGAUAUUUUGAUUGGUUCUCAUGACAGAGCCAUGACCAGCAUGAAGAACAACCACAGCAAAGAACUUGCCUCGAAGCUGGCUUCUGCUCUGGAAGAGCAAAAGUCUCAGAGUGCUCUGCGCCUACAGGAGCAGUUGCAGGAGCUUCGAAGGGAGGCUGAUCUAGAGCUGAAGACGGAGAGGGAGAAGAGCCAGACGUUGAUUACUCAGUGUCAACAAGAAAAUUCACAGCUUCACUUGAAGCUGGAGGAGAGAAGGCUGGAGUUGCAGUGUCUGAGAGAGGAGCUUCAGCAGGAGAAGAAAUGCAGAGAGGAUGAGAGGAGGACACAAGAGGCAGCGAGGGAGAGGAGAGAGAAGGAGGCACACCGACAGGAGGCGCAAGAGCUGAGUCAAGCUAAAGCUGAGCUAACCUUGAUGAGUGAGAAGAAUGCUGCACUCAAAGAAGAGGUGGCGUUACUCCAGGAAACGGUAUUAAGGGAAUGUGAGGAGAGGGAGGAGCUCACUGCCGCUCUGUCUCAAGCCCAGCAGGAGCUCUUUGGGCGCCAAUCCAUAGUGUCUCCCCAGGGCUCCUCCGGGCCUCCUGCGGACCCCCUGGAGAGAAGAGCACCCCCAGGCACCGAGCGUUUUUAUGCCCAGGGUAAAGCCAGAGUGCCUGUUACCUGCUCACCAGUCUCCCCGGCCUCAACCCAGCCCUCCCUUACUUGCACAGACAAAGACAGAAGCCUGUAUACAGGGGUAGGGGGAGCAGAGAAAAGUGGGGAGUCCAGAAAGAGUGGUGAAACCAAAAAGCAGGAGAGGACACCGCCUGGUCUGAAAACAAACAGUGACAUCAAACGUAAAGUCAGACUAAUGAUGGGGAGGAAAGAAAUGCUCUAAAAAGCAAUCUGAAUGAAGAAGCUCUGGAAGAUUACACAUGUGACCUGCAAAACAGAAUUGUCUCUUAUUCUUCUAUCAUUAUUAUUGUUAUUAUUAGUAGUAUUUUCUUCAUUUAGCAUCUGAUAUUCUAACCACCUCAUACCGUAAACACACUAACCUUUCAACCUGAACAGAGGGGACCACUUCUGCUGGAUUUUAGGAGCUACAGUUUUGUGCAGACGUUCACCCUCUUUUUCGGGCCCACAAAAGGCUUCACAUACACACCAGUACAUAAAGAUACAGGCAGACCCACAGCCUGUCACAUGGAGCGGUGCUGAGGGAGCAUGACAGCCGCUCCCAUCCCACACAAACAAAAGGCAGGCAAUCACAAAAGAAACUGUCCACCCUUCAAACGCACACACACACAUCCACACAGCCCUUCUUCCAUCAUGCUUGUGUUACUGACAUCAUUCACUCUCCACAAGGUCUUUCUCCCCCGCCUCUUGCUUCCGCUCUCUCUACAUUUGGGAUGAAUUGGCACAAUAGGAGAAACGCAUGAAUUGGGAACAGCAUGGAACUCAUUUCCCUGCUUACUGACACACAUGGACACAAGCUUUUGGUCUGACUUCCCCGUUUUCCUCUUUCCCAGUCCUUCAGUGAGACAAUGCAAGCGUGCAUUCACUCACACAUAAAAGGCAUGGAAAGAUUAUUUUCUCCUGGCAACACAUCCUGUUUGGCCAAACACACGUGCACUUACUUGGUUUAUCUGCUAAAACCUGUGGUUCAUGUUCAGUAAUUCCUGACAUCAUAUUUUUUUUUACCUUUUUGUGUGUGUAUGUUUUGUUCAAUCUGUGUUGCAGAAGAUUAUUCAAAGAAAACUGGUGCUUGUUUGUCCGGAAACCUUGAACUCACAAAAAAAAAAAAACUUUAGCCAAGUUACAUUUUUAUGUUUUUUUUAUGUCUAUAAAUAAAUCCUAAUUAGAUUCUAUUUAUUCUUUUAUAUGCAAGCCUUUGUUUAAUUAAUCUCAGAGUGAGAAGGUUUAUAUAAUAAAAGACAAACGCAACCAGAAACAGAUUGAUUUUUCAUGAUGGAAGAAUUUAAUGAAUGUUUAAUGUGAAGAAAUUACAUCAAAAUGAACAAAGAAACUUUUUUGGAUAAAGAUCUUGGCUACAAACUCCUAUUGAGUCUUUUGGUAUGACAUAUCAAAUAUUUAAGGGAAGACAAAAAUAAUGUCACUUGAAAGAACUCAACAGCAGCACACAGACACUAAAGAUUUUAACAGAUUAAAGCUGCACCGCUAGCAGCCAGCUGCAUCUUUAUCGCAAGCACAGUGCCACAUCACUGAAUGCUUAAACAUGUUACACAUGUUUAGAGCUCCUAUCCUUGUUAUGUGAUUGGCAUUUUAUAACAUGGCCACCACAGCUAGUAUAGUCUCUUUUAAAUAUUAUUAAAAAGAGUUAAUGGCAAAGAACAAAUGCAACUCACCCAUGCUGCAUUAUGUAAGCCUGAUAAAUACAAUGAUAAAUAUAUUCCCAAAUUAUAAUUCUCAUGGAAAAUAAUAUCUCAUCUUUUGAGUAUUCUCUUGUUUACUCAUGUUAAAUUACCAGCAGGCUCUAUUUUUUUUUUAAAAGGCUGUUUAGUAGGGUCCUGCAAUUUGUCUCAUGGCCAAUUGCAUCGUGAUUGUUAAACUAAUGCAGAUAAAAACUUCCAAGAUCCCUUCCAAAAGACUUCUGAAGAAAACUGCCCUUGAUAUAAUUUAAGUACAUCCACACCUGUAUUUAGUGCCGUCUGGACAUGAUUGGGCAGCUCAGGGUGGAUGUUAGGGUUAGGCUUGGAUCAAAUCCAUAAGGCAGACAAACCGCUCAACUCAAGUGUCAGAACGCAGUUGCUUUGCGUUUGGUUUGGAAGCAUCUGUAGCAAAAGAAUAAAUUAUUUGUGUCAAUUUAUGAAACAAAUAGGCCCAAAUUGCAUUUUUUUUGUGCUUUGUCAGUUGAAUCUUCAUAGAGUCUGUCCUGCAGACAUGUCCCGAAUAUUGUGACAGCUGCUCUUACUCUGACCUUCCUCUCUGCUACAAUAUAAAGAGAGCAAGGCUGGGCCUUCUGAACCGAGCCCAUCUACCUCCUCCUCCCAAUGCCACAAUAGUCAGUCUGCUCUGACCGCACGCACUUUCUGUCUCUGUUGCCCUCUAAACAUAAACACCCAUCUCUCUCUCUCUCUUUCUGUGUGUGUGUGUGACUGUCUGACUCCAUCUGCACCUCUGGCACACACAUGAAUCGCUCCCUCUGUGUCAAUAUUCUUUUAAUCUCUUGGGCCUUCUUUUGGCAUUCAACCCCUCUGACCCUGUUUCUAAAAAGAAAUUCACUUUCAGUCUCUCUUCCUCCACUGUCUAUGCCUUCUCUUCAUUUUUUUAUCCACUCAGCACUCUCCUUUAUACUCCCCCCUGCUCUCAGACCGGGCCUUUUUCCUUUGCUCGUGCCCUUGCUUUGUAGCUCUUGCCUUUGUUUCCAUCCUGGUUUGAGUGUGUGUGUGUUUUGAGCGAGGGAGGAGGUAUAUGUGCAGGAGAUAAAACUGCUAUGGGCUUUUUUCCUUAUCUUAAUAAAUGAUAGAAAAAGCACGUAGCUCCAUUAAGUUGACAUAAACAACUAAACAUCAAAAUGAAAUCCCUCUCAUAAAAAUGCCCCUGCACGCAAGCAUUCAUAUGUGCAAGUAUGCAUGUCAUGCGCACACAGAGUAGGUCUGUGAUCUCACCACAGUAAUUAUCAUAGUAGGGCAGGCAUGCACACGUGUCCCCGGGGGAAUCUGUGUAGUAGCCUGUGAACACACACGCUUUCAGGGAGUGGCGUGUGGGUAUAACUAAGCCCUUGUUCGUCACUGGGUGUCCCUGAACGCCUCUCUCCUGCGUCGUUAUGGCCAUUUCGGAAUUCUGUCGUCCCACGAGCCCUCCCACACCCUAUAAUUAGCAUCGCCGGGGCAACCAGGGAAAAAAAAAAAAAAGAACGCUCAGUAUUCCUGUUGUCGUGAUGAAUGCGUAAACGCUGGCCGGAGGUGUUGAUUAAUGGCAGGGACAAGAGAGGCUUCAGUCUGUCACUUUAUGUGGCGAAUUACCAAAAUCAAUGGAGAAUAAGAUGCGUCUGUGCGGGGAAGGAAAACUCUGUGUCUCUUAAGUGCCACGAAGAACUUCUGAAGAGGGAUAACCAGGUGUUCAUGAUCACGCCUCUUGAAUACUUGUGGAGUUAGGCGUAGAAAUAACCAAGCACGGCCAGAUCAAACUGUUCCUGGAUCCAGAGACAAUAAAAUACUGUCAGGCUUCCACUGAUCUCCUCGUUUUCCCUCUCUGUGAGUUGUCUGUGCACCCUGUGAGCUCUACCAAUGCAUAAGACCAUAUCACGAACAUGACAUUGAAAUAUUAUUGUUAAUAAUUGCCCCGAUUUCUCUUUAUUUUCUCUCCAUCAUCACAAUGUCUCCAUCAAUUCUUCUGAGCUGUAGGGUUCCCUGCAGUAUGGUCUGAAUGACUUUAAAGCAUAAAGGACAGGAAAGUCCAUUCAGAUGGUCAAAUGUAUUGAUGACGAGCAGUUUUAAUAGAUGGCAUCUAAAAUAUUACAAUCUGCUAAAUAUUUCAUCUAAGUGGUUAUUUUACAGUGUGAUAUUACAUUACAGACAAU